GGACCUCUGUGAGAGCAGUUUUUUGUCAGAGAGGCAGAGACGCCGAAGCAGCAUCAGCGCCGGGCGUACGUGGAGCCUUGGAGCAUCACUGGGGAGAGCGCACACAUCCACCACAAAGAGCAGGCUGAAAUAACGCGACGACACUUGAACGAUUAUUUUAUAAACGCGUCUUCUUACUGAUUUUUAUUUUUAUUAUCUUUGUGUUGGUUUUAUUUUCAUUCUUGUACUGGAGGAGGCGAAAAAAAGACCGAGCAAAGCUUCACUGCGGCUAAUCAAUUUCCUUUUUCCAGACCUGGGAAUUACAAUGAAACAUGUAGGUGACACAUUCCCAUUCACUAUCCGCGAAUCACAAUAGGGAUCCCAGCGGAGGCGACAAAGAAGGAAGCAGGGGAAAAUGGUGACGGGUGCCGCAUCUAUAGGAUCAGCAUCCUCCUCUCCGUGGAGCCCCUGCGUAAAAGAAAAAUCAGUGUGAAAGCCGGCGAAGAAGUGGACGCGAACCUGUGAGAGACAGGAAGAAGAAACAGAGUGAAGGAUCUGAUCCGGACCGUCGCUGUGCCAAGUGGAGGUUUUCCUGGAGGACUUUCUCAGCUGUUUUCCGAGCCGAGGCUCUGACUUCCUGCUCCUUUUCCACUCUUUUUUAUUUUUAUGUGGUUGGAAUCGCGAUUUCUGACCGCUCUUUUGUUCCGAUCACGACCAAAACCAGGUGCCAAACCGACUGUGUCAAGAGAAGAAGCAAAAAAAAUCGACAACUCUUCAUAUAAAGAGUUCAUUUAGUCACCCAGCUUUGGACACAUCACCCACAAAUACAUCAAAACAUCCAACGUCCCAUUAAAACCACACUGAAUUUCAAGAUAACGUCUGUAAAAGUUUAUAUACCCAUCCCGUUUGGUCGGUGUUUGCUGCUUUUAAUGUUAGAACGUCGUGAUUUUUCUCACUGGGGCGGCGAUCAGUGCAUUAUUGGUUCAAAGUGCUUUAUAGACAAAUCCUCCAGCUGUCGGUCUGCUCAUGGUUAUGCAUAGCAGAGGAGGCGUGUGGUAAGCUGUGAUAACUGACGGCGUUUGACUGACAGGCACGUCAAACAGAUAAACAGAGGCAACACCGCCGCCGCCGCUGCUAUCUCAAAGGCUCGGAGGUACGCCGUCGUUUCAGUCUGCGCUGUGAAACACUGUUGACACUUUGCCUAUCUCCUUCUUCCAGUCGCUUCUCCGAGAGAGGCCUCUCGCCCUUUCGUCGUCUUCUGUUUCCUCCACGCGUGGCUCUUGAUUACGCCGCUAAAAAAAACCCCUUUAUCUACUCCCAGUGACCUCUUAAACCUUUUUUGCGUUCUUCCUUUUAUUCUAUUAAAAACAUGCAAUUUAAAACCUUUCACUGUACUUUCAUUUUUUGUGGAAGGAAAUCAAAUUUGUAAAGAUAUUUAAAAAACAAAACAAAAAAGAACAUAACCUAAAGCCAUACUGAACACCAGCCAUACGAAUACAUUUACAGAGCUCACGAUGUUGAAGGUUCCUGCAACAAAGUGAUCCUCGGUCACGUCGGUGCACGCACACACACAUUCAGGGAGUCGACGAAGAAACUGCUAGUGACCCGAAAUUUCAUUCCUUUGGAUGAAAGAGCGGCUUUGUACGUUUUUUUCUACCUGCGUGUUUUUAGAUCGCACAGCCUGCGGUGUCGAGCGUGGCGAGCGUCGAGUUCCCGUCAUCACCCUGCGUUCCUCUGUGUUGACGGAUGAAUCCGGACAGUUUCAUGUCUGUUCUGUGGGCAGAACCUCGCUGCCCUGCUAGAACCGGGCCCAAGCCCUCCUUCGUCCUCUUCUGCUGGGCCAAGCUCAAUUCCGAGCAAAGACACUCGCGCGAGGGUAUCAAACGCACAUAGAUCCUCGCUUUCUGUCGUCUCUUCCUGUAAUUCAUCCACCGGAUCCUCUCCAUCGAUCACUCUUCUGUGAAUGCCUUGACGCGCUCGCUUAAUGAACUGAUGUCUGUCCUCCGGUAGCUGCUGGAAGGACUUUUUUUCUUAUAGAUUCGAUGCUGCUUAACGCCGUCAGUGAUAGUACCUUUAUUAGUCGCGCUCACAGCCCACGACUCAUAAACUCACCGUUCCAUCGUUCGAAACCAAAAUUUCAAGCAUACUGACCUUUACUGCUCCUCUUCCUCUAAAUUCUUCGAAAGGGAGAUUUGGUUUAUUGGGCAAACUGUGAGCGCGGUGUAAGAGAAGUUUAAGUAACAGCUUGUGCCAAAUUUACACGGACUUCCUCUUGGCUUGUUCACCAAACAGAGCUGAGAUCUCUAAAGCUGCCAGCACUGUUGUUUACAGACACGAGACACACGGAGCUCGAUGUUGAAUUUGAUUUCAUUUCCAUGUAUAAUUUUCACGCGUUAGUUCUCCACCCAGGACAACAGAAGUGCCAAACUCCGAGAAGAAUACACCCAGCGUCUGUCAGAGCUCAUUGACUACAAAGUUUACAUCCAGCGCUAAAUGUUUACAGACCACAGUUUCCAUUGCAGUUUCUUACAUGACUUUUGUGCCAUAAACAGCUCCCAGAACGCCCUGCAUUCAGAGACAUAGGACUCUUCUUCUGGACGAGUCAUUACACGACGAGUUUACAGUUUUUCAUACUCAUUUUGUUUACAGAAAACGUCUCAAUACUGCCUGUUUUGAAGAUUUUUGGCCAACGGACUGUAAAACGGCACUUUGUCGACCGACAGACCAAAAUUAAACAUUUAAUACCUGCUGCCAUAAAACAAACCCACAUUAUUCUCUAUUUCUAAUCAAUUUUAAGUUAGAUUACUUUAGGUCUACAGCCAUUGUACAGACACAUCGCAUAGGGCCUAAAAAACUCUAAAAGACCUCAAUGUUUACAAACGCUGCUUAUGGGAAGGAUUUGUAUUCAGAGGGAAAUGUUUACAUUCAGAUGACGGAGUGACACGCCAAACGCAUUCAUGAAACACUGCUCGAACAACGCGAAUCUGCUGAAAUCCAACCCGAGGGAUUAGUUCAUCAGACUGCAGAUAAAACUUUUCGUAAUGGAGGUUUUUUUUGGAGGAUCUCGCUGACAUUUGAAGCCGUUUGUGACUUUUUUGGCUCGAGAACUUUGUGAUAAAACAAUGACGUCUAAAAUAUUAAAGGGGAUGCUUUGCUUAUCCCUUAUCCUCUUGCUUUUCUCCUGCCUCGCUGUUUCCACUGUAACCAUCACCACUCGGCGACGCGCUGUCGAUGGCGAUAUCAGGACUCUGAGCGGCAGGGGCGGCUCUGCCGCUGCUGGUAAAACGAGUACCACCUUGUUCCUCCUGACGGGCUACAAGCCGCCGCUCCCACGGCUGCCUGCCGGACCCGAAGUGCCGCCGAAAGCGGCAGAGGUGGAAGACGGGGAUGAUCCGCCGGUCAUGGCUGAGCUGCCGCCAAAGCCCCUCCCUCAGACCAUGUUGCCAAGGAACGUAACGGCAGCACUGAAGCCUCCGCUCGGCGCGGCCCAGGUGGCUCCUGCCCCGAGACAGCUGGUGGACGUGGACCUGUGCAAGGGUUACUAUGAUGUGAUGGGGCACUUUGACAACUCGUUCAACUGCUCCCAGGGCAGUUACAUCUACUGCUGCGGCACCUGCCACUACCGCUUCUGCUGCGAGCACCAGAGGAACCGGCUAGAUCAGGAUUCCUGCACCAACUACAAGUCCCCCGACUGGGCUGACCCGCAGGUGCCCGUCACUGUGGUCGCGGUGAAAACCGACCCCGACUUUGAGACGUUUCCGCAGCAGAGCAGCAGUACGGCCUAUGUGAUCGGAGGUGUGAUCUCCUUCACUGUGGUGGUGGCCGUGGGCGUCAGGAUCGCCUUCAGCAAGGUGGCUCGUCGACCCCGAAACCGAGACAUCAACAUGCCCAGAUCACUGGUGGAUAUCUUGCGUCACCAGUCGAGCCCCGUGCAGCAGGGCGAGAGGAACAACAGCACAGUGCUGACGACCACCUCGGACGGACGCACGUCCAAAAACCUGUACACCCCCAUCCUGCAGAUCAAAGACAACCGCACUGGGAACUUGCACCAUCAUUUUAACCAGCAGGGGUCUGCUUCCAGCCCCAAACACUCUGCUACCAUCGAGCGUGGAUCCCGCAUGAACAACACCCCACAGCUCACUUCCGGGCCCACCCUGAUUUCUGGUAGCAGCAAAGGCGCGGGAGGCGGCGGCGGCGGCGUCUUGAGACACAACAGCAGCCACCCGUCUUUCUCGCACUCCUUCCACAACCUGGCUCAGCUGCCACCGUCCUACGAUGCAAACAUGAAACCUGAGAUCAACCGCUACAGCUCGCUGAAGAGGCUGGAGAAAGAACUUGAUGAGUAUUCCAGCUACUACAACUCCAAGCGCCGCUCCAACAACGCUCCGCCCUCCUUCUACUCCUCUCAGCACCACCUGCCCUGGGGAGGGGACUACACGCUGGGAUCGAGAGGCACGCUACCCCUCCACGGCUCUCGGCCCCACCUCCACAUGCCGCCCUCCACCCCGAACCCGUACCCGCUCCCUUCCCAGUCGCAGUACACCAGCUCCAGCUUCGAUAGGCCACCGCGCCGUGUCCGCUCCCAGGACCAGCUGCUGGCAUUCGGGGAAGGCAACACUCUGUCCCGCCUGUCCAAGAACCAGCAACACCAGUACUACAAAGCCAUGAUGAGCACCAGCAGGAGCUCUACAUCACAGACGCUGCGCAGGUGAGAUCGGGGAUAAGAGGUGAGGUGUGAUCAGAUAGGACAGAGAGAAGCAGCAGAUGAAAUACUAAAGACAAAGGAGUCAGAUCAGAGAAGAGGAAGACGAGAGA